GUGCUCACUUCCUCCUAUAGUCCCCGUGCCACUGUUUUUAGGGACAGUUUCAUUCAGACUACUAUAAACAGUUUCCUGGACGCUCUUUUGGAUGAUGCACGUUAUUGGAAGCUGAAGGCAGAACAACAAUGCAGAACAUCAAGUGUGUCGUGGUGGGAGACGGUGCCGUUGGGAAAACCUGCCUCCUGAUUUCCUUCACCACCAACGCCUUUCCCAAAGAAUACAUUCCCACUGUAUUUGACAACUACAGCGCACAGCUGGCGGUAGAAUCUAAAGUCGUCAGCCUGAACCUCUGGGACACCGCGGGACAGGAGGAAUACGACCGUCUCCGGACCCUCUCUUACCCACAGACCAACGUCUUCAUCAUCUGCUUCUGCGUCACCAGCCCCUCGUCCUACGAGAACGUCAAGCUAAAGUGGUACCCCGAGGUGUCAGAACACUGUCCCCAGGUGCCCAUCCUGCUGGUGGGGACUAAAAAAGAUCUGAGAGAUGAUGAAGAGGUGCUGAAGAAGCUGAAAGAGAAGAACCUGUCCGUGGUGUCCCAGCAGCAGGGGGCGGCGCUGGCCCGACAAAUCCAGGCCAGUAAAUACAUGGAGUGCUCAGCGCUCAACCAGGACGGGGUGAAGGAGGUGUUUACAGAAGCGGUUCGCACCUUCCUCCACCCCAAGCCAAAGGCCUCCAAGAAAUCAUGCACGCUGUUAUGAAUCUGAUGGGACCUUAACAUAUGUAUAUUGUUAUAUGGGCUAUUUGCUUUAUCACAUGUAAAAUGAUAAUCACAAAUAAAAAAUACAUAUAUAUAAAAAAAUCUUUUAAAAAAAGUAAAAUACAGUACAAAACAAGAAUAUUAAUUCACAAAUGAAUAUUGAAGAAUGUUAAUAUAUAUAAACAAGUUUCAAAUAAAACUAUAAAACAAUACUAUGCAAAAUAAUUAGAUUAAUAAGUAUGUUUUUGGACACAUUAUGGGUGCAAGUGCAAGCAUUUUUUUCUUAAUUAUUGUUUUUAUUUUCAUGUUAUUUUUUAUUGCAGAUGUUUGAUAUUUUGUUAGGCCUAUAUUAUGAACUUACAUUUUGUAAGUGAGACUUACAUGUCGAAAUAUGUUUUAAGGGUUCACUGUUAUAAAAGAAAUAAAACAUUGUAGAUAUGGUGAAUAAUGCAUGAUCAUAUAUUAAAAUAAAAAUAAAAACGAAUUAUUUUUAAAGGAA